AUGAUGGGAGAGCUGAGACUUGACAAGCUGCCGGUCGAGAUUCUCCGACAGAUCUGCAGCAAACUUCCCGACAUUGAAGACGAUGGGGACUAUGAGGUCGGGGCUGAACCAAGUCUCCUUGUCCUGUCUCACGUGUGUAGGCGACUGCGAAGCGUGGCCGUGGCCGAACUGUUCAAGUUCAUCAACCCUCAGCACAUGUACGGGGGACCGCGCCUAACCGCCUUCAUCCCGCUACUACUCAGUUUCAUGGCCAACCCGGAGAUGGCGGCCGAGGUGAAGGACAUCUCAACCUAUCCGGCACUAGACCUAUACCGUGGAACACGCGACAACCACAUGGAUCUCGUGUCGGCUGCAGAGGCUUUGGACAUGACGGUACCUAUGCCCCUGACUUGGGAGGAAGUGUCCAUCUACGAUGUGGAGGAUUCGAAAGUGGAGGAGAGAAAGAAAGGAGAGGUCGCCCAGUUUCUGACGGAGAUGAUCGUGGCGCAUACGCCCAAUGUCCGCACUGUCUACUAUCAACGACGAAACAAGGCCACGUUCUUCAAAACACUCUCAUCGGUGGCCAAGACCACCGGAAGCGCGCCCCUCCUGGCAAAACUCCAUGACUUCAACAUCGACAACCUCGGAGCUGCUGAGAAUAUCCAGCCGCUAUCAGGGUGGGCUCCGAAUCUCGACUCGCUAUGGCUCGAGACCGUCCACGGCCCAGUCUCUGAGCUUAAGUUUGACACAGUCAGGGUACUCUUGCUGACGAUGGCGAACCUCACUGGUCCAGAAAUGAAGGAACUGAUUCGCGGAUUUCCGAACGUCAAGAAAUUCUGGUUUAGCUGGACCGAUGACCUCAACACUGGCGACAGGGAGUUUACGCUGGAACCUCGCCAAACUGUCCGUGAUUGCACACCGCGAGAGAUGGUGGAAGCACUCAAGCCACUGCAACACCAGCUCACCGAGUUGACGCUACAUUCAAACGGGGCGCUUCUUCAGGUAUCCAAGGCAAGAAGAGACCAGCUUCUCGACGUGGUCACGUCGUUCAAGAACUUCGAAGUACUCGAACGUCUCGAUAUUGACGGUGUGAGUUUGUAUGAUCCAUGGCAUCAUCUGUACGAUGGAGAGAACGCAUACACCGUGCGCCGAUUAGGAAGAAUGCUCCCAGAGAGAUUGGAGACGUUGGAUCUCAUGGACUUAAGGCGAGGUCCGGUGGACGAUGAUUUGCUAGCAUUUGCGUCGCAUAUCGGCCAGUGCUGUCCCAAGUUACGGAAAAUACGAUAUCGGCGGAUGCUCAGCACAACAGACAGGAGCGAAGUUCCUCCAGAAGAGCUGGAAGAGCUGAAGGAUUUGUUUGGCAAGAGUGGCGUUGAAUUUGAAGCAGAUGAGAGCGGCUACUACAAGGUGAAGUCUUGGAGAAGAUAG